AUGGCAAUCCCAAACGCAUCUUCUUUACCUAAUGAAAUAUAUUUGUCUAUUUUCGCCCAUCUUUCAGUAAUUGACCUUCUCGCCGUUUCUUUAGUAUGCGAAAAGUGGCACGCAUCAUUUAUCUCUUUCCUCUUCUCUAAUCUUUUUAUAAAAUCCCCUCGUCAAUUCAUUUUACUCAAUAAAUACCAUCUAUUAAAACGUCAUUCUCAUCUAAUCCGUUCUUUAACGCUUUUUAAAGUACAUCUUUCUUCUCAAGAUAAGCAAUUGCUUUUAACAACUUGCAAAAAACUUAAUAAACUCACCUUUAUAAAAUGUUAUAACCUUGAUUCAGAUUUCUUAAAAGAUAUUAUAAAACUUAAUAAGAAUUCAAUAGAAAGUUUUAAUAUCUGGGGUGAGCGAAAUGUUAAUAAUACAAGAAGUGAAUUUAGCAGUACUGAAAUAAAUGAUGAACUAUUGAGUCCGAUGAUGGAAUUUUGUGGAAACUUGAGAGAAUUACGAAUCUGUGGCGCAGAAAUCACUGAUAAUAUCUUAAUUAGUUUAACAUCUUCAUUAGAUGACCAUGAAUUUCCUGCUGACAAUUUUAAUUCUGAUGAAAGUGCUUUCGAUUCGUCACAAGAUUUAUUAGUAACUCCACCAUCUUCACCUAUAUCAACUUAUACUUAUCCGCAUCUUCAUUCAUUGGAUCUAUCUGAAUAUCUGGAGAUUCUUGGAACAAAGAAGGACAAUGUUAGUGUUAUUAAACAUGAAAACGAAAUGAAUGAUUUGGAGAUUUUAUAUUCUUUUGGAAUAGGUAGUCCUUUUAUGGCUUGA